UGCUCCUACAAAUUUUAAAACUGCAGUGGCAAAAUGUCUAGCUCAAACCGCUCUGAUAAUGAACAAUGAAAUAAGCAGCUUUUUUCGCUGGAUAUUUGAAAGGUUGCAGGCUUCAGAUAGUAGUUCUAAGGAAAAAGAGAAAGAACGCAAGCUUUGGUUAUUGACUUCCUUACGAGAGGUUUUUGCACGUAACCAACUUGCUUCAAGUUCUCAAACUGUAUCAAAUUCUGGACCUUUUCAACAGUUCAUUCCUAACGUUCUUCAUGAUUUGGAAAGUUUGCUAGACUCUAUGGAUAGUUCAGAUUGCUUUCCUGGAAUAUUAGAGGUGUUAGAAAAAAUAGCAGAGCGAUAUCCUACUGAAUUUGGCGAACG